GCCUAUCGAUAAUUACGUAACUUCGAAUAAACGUGUGAAUUAUUUGUGAAUUAUUAAGUCUGUGUACCUCUAUUCUAUUCUGCUAUGUCUAUAAACAGAUGCAUAUAUACAUCCAGAAAUCAGUCGGUGUGGCUUCGUAGACAGAAAUAGUUCAUUAUUAUUGCGCGUGUCAUAACUUUUUAUCUCUCUCUAUCGUAGUAGAGUAAGAGAGAGAGAGAGAGAGAGAGAGAGAGAGAAAGAAAGAGAGAGAGAGAAAGAAAGAGAGAGAGAAAGAGAGAGAGAGAAAGAGAGAGAGAGAGAGAGAAGACUUUCGUGCGCAUACGUUGCGCGCAGCGCACCUGCAUCGGUCCAAUCCAGUAGGGAGAAAAAUUUCAAGCCUGUCAUCAAUCACUCUCGUCGUAGGACAGAAAGACGACGAAGGUACAUUCGCUUGGCAUCCAUCCGAGAAAAAAAGGACGAUGCCCGCGAACAAGAGUAAUCAGCUGUCGACGCCUCGCAAAGAGAAAUCGAACAACGGACUAGCUGCGGGCAAUUCGAAGAAGAAGAAACGCUCCUGCGUUAAGCAUAAAAAACAUUGCAAACAAUAUCUGCUUUGUCGCGUUCUUAAGAGAAAUGAAGAAACUUAUUGGUUCCCGAAGUGCUUGAAGGAAAAGACUGCUGCAAACAAACGGAGAGUGCGGGUGCACUCAUGGAAGAUAGUCAACGUUAUAACCCCGCCUAGACAUCGUGGCGCCUGGAGGUAAAAGGAAGGAAAAGGAGAAGGAGGAAGAAAGAUCGGCCACAGGAGGAAACGGAAGUGAUCUGAAUGGAGAAGGAUGGGUGAACAUUUAGAACGAUAGAAUUAUCGGAAUAAUAGAUGUUCCCCUAUUGCAGAUAUUAAUCUGUUGUCUUGCGGGUUGCCUUAUACAUAGAGGGCAUUGUCGAAGGAGAGAAAAUCGAAAAGAAAUUUAAUGAAAGUAAAAGAAGAAAAAGAAGAAGAAGAAGAAGAAGAAGUCGGAAGGAUGGAAAAGCGAAGAUAAGUCGAGUUGAGAAUCAGAAAGACGGCAUUCUCUUAGAGAUUACAUCGAUUUGAAAUUACAUCAAAUUAAACGACGAAGAAGAGGAAGAAAAUCAAGGAUAACAAUAAAAUACUAAAGAGGAAAGAGGAAGGAAGAAAAUCGUGAAUCUUUGUUGUGUAUUAUAAUUGUCACGAAUAUUCAACGGGAGGAAGGCAACCUGGCCUGGCCCGUGGGCAAGAUCGUCGCUUCUAAAGGACCCGUCGCUGUAAUAGCGGCUGUGUGUCACCAUCCUUGCACUGCCCCAUACACCGCGGCCUCAUGAUCGGUUCAUUCUGGAACCUUUGUCGUGCGUGUCCUUCGAUGCCGAUUGACAAGCAGCUCCAUUCGGAAUACAGGAGCACGUACACAUGGCACGAAUAUACAGGGCCGCAACAAGAGCAUACAAUUGUUCGCCGGGCGCCUCAACCACCACCGACGUCCACCAAACAGGCGAACGCAAAACUGCAGUCGGCGAAGUCAACCGAGGACGAGAACAGCGAAGGACCUACCUUAGAACCGCCAUUGCCAAGAAGAAAGAAAUGUCCCGAAUUGGCGUACAAGACUCACGAAUUUAUUCCGACGGCGGACGGCGGUGGCCUGGAUGUUAUAGAUUCGAAUCUCGUAGCUGAUAAGGUUCAGGAAGUAACGAGCACUGUACCAGCUAGUCAACUGAGCAAGGCGAUAUCUCGUAUCAGUACUGAAUACCGUUUACAAUUCGCAUGGCCUAGACGACCCCAAUUAACGAAUGGCGACGCAGCACCCAUUAUAUCGACGGGAGCAUCUUUAGGUACCGGUGGACCACCAAGAAAAUCUCUCAGCAUGGGAGCACUCAAACAGGGUAUCGUACCUUCUGGUCCCGCCCCAGUUCAUAAGAAAAGACCUGGAGACGUGGAUCAUAAACGGGACGGGGUCCAAGCGUCCGAAUUAGAACCAUUGGUGGGAGGGACAGGUACGGAUACUAUCGAUGGAACGGUUCUAGAAGGAGACGAACGCGAAGAGGAUACCUCAGAUUUAAAAAUAGCGUUCAGGGGUAAAAAAUCAGGGGGUAAAACCGUAAGGAUAUCGGGAAGUGGCGAUAAAGCGACGAGCAAAUCGCAAGAGAAACCAUUCCCUACGGCAGAGGUGAUCGAACUAAGACGACUCGCUGACGAGUACAAGCAUCGUGACUGGGGUUGCGGUCUGGCAGCCGAGGAUGAAGCUUCCCUGUGGAAACGGGUAUCCAGUAACCACGCUCUCAACGCUCUGUCUCUUGCCAGAUCAGUGACGAAAGAAGAAAAGAACAAAGAAAAUACGAGGAAAGUGACUCCGGUUAUAGCGGCGAUGACGAUGCCACCAGCAGGUAGACCAUCCUCGGUUCAAGCAAGACCGAUUCAUGUUUCACAGCAAGAUGAUUUGAAGUUGGAUAACGAAAAAACCGUAGCUCGCGCGAGAAAAGAUUUUUUGAUUCGUCAUCAUUUGGAUCGUACUACUGGCGUAGGCGACGGUGCACUACUCCCCUCUCCAACGAGAGAGAAGUUGGAGCCCGUAAUACCGCGACGACGCGAGGAAUCGAGAGAACACCGGGAAGAGAUCCAACCAAGAACGAAGUCCAGUCCGAAGAAUAGUCCACGUACUGGACGUUCUCAGAGUCUUGGACCUAGCGUUACCGAGCGUAGGUCACCGAAACGGCAACCUCCACGUGCACCAUCUGUGACAAAGGAUAUGAAGGAGAAAGAGAAAGAGAAGGAAUUUAAGGAUAAAGAUAGAGAUCAAAAGGAUAGAAGCGCUGAAAUCGAGAGACCACGGCCAAUGACGGCAGAGCCUCAGCUGAAUGGUGAUGCAACGGGAGGUGAUUCGAGCGUGGCUUCAACACCACCGUCGCAAACUCGUGCUAUCUCAGCUGGUGCUGGUACUUGGAUCGAUGAUGAGCCAGUCGUAAAGAGUCCACCGGAACCAACGCGUGUGAAAUCGCCGGAACAAAUGAUUAUGCGCUCACCUGAACCGGUUAACUGGACAGUGCCCCUCGAUACCGGGAAGACGUUUACCGUUACACAAAACGUUAGAGAGGAGCCCCUGACGCGUCCUCAUAGCGAAGCAAAGACGUGGGCACCGUCUUGCGUACCAUCGGCACCGCAAUCAGCUCCUCCGGAGUUAGCAGCUCAGCACAAGUCGCAGCAUCAUUCGCAACAUUCUGGUUAUAAAUCGCCAGAAAGUGAGAGCGUCUCACUUGGCAGUUUCGGUGGGAUUACCGAUCAAAAGGAGGACAUGGAUUCGGGACGUGCAAGUCCUUGUUCAUUGCCGACUAAAGUAGAGAACUUGUCCGCUGGAGAAUCCGUGAUCACAUCUGGUCAAGAUGAGAAGAAAACAUAUGACGCUGAUAGAGAACAGGAUAAGGGAGAACCAGUGAAAUCGAUAGGUAGUAGCAAUAUAAAAUGUCUCGAGGAUCCAUCGUUCGAAUUAGAACGUAAGAAGAUCGAUUCGGGAGCUCCUACGACAACGACAGCAACGGCGACGACAACGACAUCGAAUGUACCGCAUCAGCCGUACCGUAUUCUCGAAGCUGAAUCACCUCAAAGUGGGGUAGGUAGUGAAGGAACCGCAGGAGGAGGCGGCGGUGGCGGUGGCGGUGGCGGCGGCGGCAGCGGCGGUGGUAGUGGUGGUGGUAAUGGUGGUGGUAGUGGUAUUAGUGGAAGUGGAGAAACAGGAACGCCUAUCAGCAGCAGCAGCAACAUCGCUACCACCACCGCGACGGCUGGUUAUCACGUGUUAGAGGCACCGCCGGUUCAGAUGAUACCAGGUACGGCUCAUCGUUCAACGGCGACCGAUGUCUUAGAAAAAGCACGAAAUCGCUUUGAUAAGUUCUGGGGAAAGGGUAGUCCCUCUGAGAAUUAGAAUCCUACGGAAUAAACUAGUAGCUAUGACCGCGACAAUGAAUUCGAAGAGGAGGGGAAUGUACGUGUAGAACGAGAGGAGAGUUGUUCAUGAGAAGCGAUCAAGGAGAGGGAGAAGAUAGGAGGAAGGAGUUUGUUUAUAAACUUUGGACGGAGUUCCUGAAAGCAGUUAUCCCGUCGUUUCCUUCGCUCGUCCGACAUGCGAGCACGUACAAUAUUUAAUCUUGCAAUUGGAAGCUAUCGUAGAUGGAAUAGAGAUGGUUUCGUGCGAGCAUUAGAAAUAAUUCAAGACUCCGAAGAAUGUACAUCUUUAAUUUCGGGUAGAAAAAAAGAAAAAAGAAAAAUAAACGAAGAGCUAACCAUUAGGAUCACGUUCUAAUGGGUAAUUUCUAUCGAAGAAGACGGGUAAAGAAGAAAACGGAUGCGAGCGAAAGCAACGGCAGGAUCGCCUAUGGAUGCGUUGUAGAAGCUUCGAGGAUUCCUUUCGGGAUUAAGUUUUCGAAACGUUACAGUUCGCGUGUCUCAUAUUCGUUAGUGCGUUGUAUAACAUAGAGUUACGUGUGGGUGAUAAACACCGAACAACAUCUUAUAUUGAGAUCCAUGUAGACGGUGAGUGUCUGAAGGAUAGGUAUCGAUGUCGUUAAAGUUCUGGAAGCUGCGUGCGAAUACAUAUAAGUUAUAAACUCGACUCGUAUUAUUAGAUUCGCAUCAAUGAUAUUCUUACGUAUAAAUCAAUAUCAAACGUUCGUGGUAACCGUACGUAUGUAUCUCUUUUACAUACGUACGUGUUUAUUGAAUAUUCAAAGUAAAUACAAACACAUACACACACACACACACAUGCAUACUUAUACGUUAACGUACGAGACUUCCUUUACAUUAGAUUCGAAUGAUUGCGUAAGAUCAUCUAUCAUAGCCGAGAAACGUGCGAUUUUUUUCUUUUCUUUUUUUUUUCUUUUUCUUUCUCUUUUUGCGAGGAUUUUCAAAUCCUCAAAGAAGAAAGUAAUAAAGGAUGAAAACAAAAAAAAAAAAAAAAAAAAGAAAAAAGAAAGAAAAAAAAUGCACGUAAACUCGAGCGAAGAAAGAUACGACUCAAGGCUUGUCACUCUUUGUAGAAGCAAAAAAGCCCCUCCCAAAAAAAAAAAAGAAAAAAAAAAAGAAAAAAAAGGAUAAAAGGUACAUAGCCUUCAGCUACUUCAUGCGUUUUAUAUUUAUGAAAUCUACACGAAGAUACACUUUGUAUAUGUGUAUGCAUAUGCACCAGUGCGUAUAUCUACAGGUGUGUUGUUGCAUGUGUACAAUACAUACGUUCGAUAUAUGUAUAAACACACGUCUAGAGGAUGCAUGCGCGUGCGAGUACAUCACACACACACACACACACACACACACACACAACUAUUAGUAACACUACUACUACUACUAUUACUACUACUAAUACUACUACUAUUACUACUACUACUAUUACUAUUACUAUACUACUAUUACUACAUACACACACACACACACACACAUACAUAUACACGCGCGUCACGUAAUAUAAAAGAGAAAAGUAUUAAACAAGCGUAAUACAAGAAUAAUACACGCAUGCGUACGCGCGCGUGCGCAUACACAACACAGAAAAACAUAUGCACGCGCGUUACGGAAGAGAACGACGAAUGAUUAACAUUCGGAGAAAAGUCCCGCGGGCAACUUCGGCAAGUGGAACUACCUCCUUAGAGAACGCGUCUCGAUCUUUUUUAACUAUAUUCAUGAAGAAAUUUUUCACGAGCUUACUCGUUAUACUCCGAUAAUUAACUUGCUUCGUAGGAGAGAAGAAAAAGAAGAAGAAGGAGAUGAUAACGAUGACGAUGAUAAUGAUAAUGAUAAUGAUUAUAAUGAUGAUGAUGAUAAUGGCGAAAAUGAAAAACAAAGGAAAAAAAAAAAAAGGAAAAAAAAAAGAAAAAAAAAUUGAACAAAAUUUAUGAUAACUAAGAUAAAUAAUUCCCGUACACGCUAAGAAAGAUUAUUUACCAGAUAUUUAGUAUCGAAAUAAGAAAAUGGGAACGAUCUUAAUCCGCAAGUAUAUAACGGUGUGUCGAUAUGUAUUACCUUGUACGGAUGCCGAAAAAAAAAAGGAAAAAGAAAAAGAGAAAAAAAAAAAAUAUUUAAACACAACAGUUCGUCCAUGUACGGUUCGUUACGUCGCAGGAAGAAAAAACAAAUCACGGUUUAUUUCGCGAAACGAGCAAGACCCUUUGUUGCUGAGCAAUUUUUUACCCUGGGGAAUGACACGACUUUUUUAACGCCGGCAACGAGAAUCAAUUGUUUCGCGCGCAAAUCGAAGAACAAAAAAAAGUUAACAAAUAAAACAAAACAAAAAAAUAAAACAAAAAAAAAAGAAAAGAAAAGAAAAGAAAAGAAAUGAAAAAAAGAAUAAACUCGAACGACGACGGGAUAUCAACGUUGUUCUUCGAUCGUCCGCAUGCCUGUGCCCUAUGAUUUUUUUUCAUUUUUAAUACGAAUAUUUUUGCUAGGAAACGAUUUUCAUUAUAAAAAGAAAAAAAAAAAAAAACUUAGAAUCGCGCGAGAGGAGGCUUUCGUCUUUGAAGGUAAGGAAGGGGAAAAAAAGAUAAAGUAAAAGAAGAAGAAAAGAAAAUACGAGAUAAAGCGGAGUGCUCAAAAAUUGGUAAUUGGUGCUAAUUUGUAUCGAAGGAUCAUCGAAAGUAUCGUAAGAGAAGAAGAAGAAGAAGAAGAAGAAGAAGAAGAAGAAGAAGAAAAGAAGAAGAAAAAGGGUGACGAUAGGACACGAUUCUCUCUCUCUCUCUCUUUCUCUCUCUCUCUCUCUCUCUCUCUCUCUCUUUCUCUCUCUCUCUUUCUCUCUCAUUGUGAGAUAGUAUUCGCUUAUAUAUGUAUUUGUUGCUAAAUGACGAGAAAUUCUAGGCCCGUAAGAAGAACGUUCGGCGAAGAUACAUAUACAUACGUAUGUAAUAAUAGGGGAAAAAAAAAAAACAAAAAGAAAAAAAAGAAGAAAGAAAAAAAAAACAAACCCCAUUUUGUUCUUAAUCCGUUUAAACGAAUUUUUUAUCGAUUGUGCGCUUACGACGUUGUCAUAGGGUAUAACGUCUAUUGGUUGCAUAUUUUUCAUUAUUGACAAAGGUUUACCUCGAAGACGAAGAGGCUAAUGAACUUUACCUAAACGUUAAGCGAUAAUAAUAAAUAUCUAAAAAUGGCCAGGAUCGAAAGCGAGAAUUUUUCGUUUUAGGAUCGACCGGACGAAGCUCUAGAAGUUACAAUCGAAAAGAAAGAAAAAAAAUAAACCCCACUCGACCCUUUCUUUUCUCUCCGAUCCCUCCUUAGAUCCGACCGGCUCCUUCCCCCCUUCCUCCCUCUUUCUCCCUUCCCUUUUCACAGGCUUAUGUCUCCUCCUUCCUCGUCCUGCUAUUCUCAUCUUCCUUUUUCCUUUUUGUUUUUUUCUUUUUUUUUUUUCCAUCUCCCGCUCCGUAUAUCCCCCUCCCUCUCUCUUCCCGCUUUCGAAAUAUGCACGCGCGUUUACACGAUACGUCGGUAAUACCACACUCCAUCCAGAUUCACGUCCAAAGACAACCAAUCGUACUGAAACAGCAUAGCGAUAUAGUGAUAAUGAUAAUAAUAAUGAUUAACGAUAUAAUGAUAAUGAUAAUGAUACUGAUUACGAUAAUGAUAAUGGUAUUACACAAAUAGAACAUUACAAACGACAAAAAAAAAAGAAAAGAAAAAAAAAUAGAAAAAAAAAAAAUAUUAACGUAGAAAACGAAAGGAACAAUCGAAGGAAUGGACCAUUAAUGAAGGAAAUGAAAAAAAAAAAAAAAAAGAAAAAAGAAAGAGGAAGAUAGAAAAGAGAACGACGAAUGGAUUACAUAAAUCUAAAGAAAGAAGAUUCAGAAAAAAGAAAAGAAAUGAUCCAAUCAAGUAUGAUAAUUAGGACGCAGAAACUGGAAGACAGUGUUUAGAACUGGCGAUCGUUGACGAUGUCGAUCUUGAUCGGUACGAUCGUCUUACUACCAUUGGAUACAUAUAUUUUCAAUUAGAUCAAAUUUCAGAUUAUAUUUAUUACCGAUCUAAUAAACGAUCGAUUGUAACUCAUAUUUAUUAUAACGAUAUACACAAAAAUGUGAUCGAACGUGAAAUACGAAGGAUAGUACCGAUAAGAUUUUUUCUUAAGAGACAUCGACGUCGUCGACCGAUUCGAUCGAUAUAAAAAAUAUACAUAACAUACGUAUAUAAAACGUCAUAACCCGCGAUAACUUCAAAAAACAAAAUAAAAUCAAAAAAAAAAAAACAAAAAACGAAGAAAAGAAAAUAAAAACAAAAAAAAAAGAUUACAAAAAAAAAACAUACACGAGAAUAAACGGAGAACUGGCAAACUCUCUUCCCAGUAUUCAUCAUUUCUUAUUAACACAAUUUUAUGAUUGCGCCUAUCUUCCAAAAUCUACGCUUUUUAUGCGACCCACCCUAUAUAUCCUCUAUAUCUAUCUCGAAUCCCAUAAUUCUUCAAAAAGAAUAUAAGGGGAAUCGUCAUAUUUUUCCAUGGUUGUAAAGAAACAACGCCGCAAGAUUUUCGAGACAUUGUCAUUUAAAAUUCGAAAGAUGUCAUUUAAAUAUUUUCUUCUUAUCAGAUUUAUAUUGCAUUAAUUUUUAAAUUGCAUCAUUUUUUGAAACGUUAGAAUUUUUUUUUUCAUUAAUUCUUUUCCGAUAAAUACACGAAUCCUAUAAUGUUUUUUUCUACGAUUCAAUUUAACCAUAAUUUUUUUCUUUUUAUUUUUUCUUCAUUUUUUUUUUUUUAAAUUAUGAUUAUGCGGCAUUUUUCCUUACAGCCAGAGAAACAAUAUGUUCUCGUACCAAAUCAUGCGCAUCCUUAAAUAACCGAUCUCUCUCUCUCUCUCUCUCUCUCUCUCUCUCCCCUCGAUAUACAUACAUUAAAUAUAAACCAGUGGCACGUCGAUUAUUUAUAUAUAUAUAUAUAUAUAUAUAUAUAUAUAUAUAUAUAUUUAUAUAUAUAUGUGUGUGUGAUAAGCGACGUAUUAUUCCAACCAAUAAUCUUGUAAGGAUGAGCGACAAGAAUUCAUAUACCUAAUAUAUUAUCCAUUGCUACCACAAAGAAAAAUUAAAUUAUAAAUUAAAUUAAUAUAAAGUAAAAUAAAUUAUAAACUAUAAACUAUAAACUAUAAACUAUAAACUAUGAACUAUAAAUUAAUGUCAAAAAAAGAUUUAUCGAAAACGGUGGUAGUUCGAUCGAGAAAGCCAACGUCUUCUCUACGAGGUUUUGUCGCUUUUCGCUCAUCGGUUUUAUUAAGAAUCGUAUAGCUUCAUAUAAACGUUUAAAGCGCUAAAAAUAAAAUAAUAUAAUGGAAACGUAGAAAAGAAGAGAAAAGGAAAAAAAAAAAAAAAGAAAAAGAAACAAGAUAAAUGCGACGAGAUAACACGAAGCCCGAGAAGAAUUAAAAUAAUCGAGUGAAAUAAUUUAAUUCAUCGACUAUUGUAAGAGCAUUGAUAGCACAGAUAUUUCGUUUGCAAGAAAAGGACCGUGCGCGUGCCUCUUAUUUGAAGAAAAAGAAAAUGAAGAAGAAGAAGAAGAAGAAGAAGAAGAAGAAGAAGAUGAAGAAGAAGAUGAAGAUGAAGAGGAAGAAAAAGAAAAAGAAAAUGUAGAAGAAGAAGAAGAAGAAGAAGAAGAAGAAGAAAAAGACAUGUACACCUUAAUAGAUGCUUAUUUAUACAGCAUAUGCUUGUUCCUUGAAUAACUGAAUCGAAAACACGGCACGAGUGACAAACAAACAAAACAAAAUAAUCCUAAAAAGAAUAAAAUAAAUAAAAAAAAAAUAAAUAAAUAAAUAAAUAAACAAAAAAAAAAAAGAAAAAUAAUACGAAUGAGAAAAUUAGAUACACGGCACUACGAAGGUACUAUUACAUUCACGGGUUAUAAAUAAAUAAAUAAAUAAAUAAAUAAAUAAAUAAAUAAAUGAAUAAAUAAAUAAAUGAAAGACGAGACGAACGAAUACGAGAAACGUUAGCGCAUGUAUGAAAGAGCCGUAGCCAUUAAUUACGAAUAUAAUUUUUCAAUCCCACGCGUAAAUUCGAUUACGCACAAGAAGAGGACACACGAGGUACUAUUUAUUGGAUAGUCUCGAACAACUAGAUUAUUAUUAUUAUAACGAUAUAAUAAUAAUAAUAAUAAUAAUAAUAAUAAUAAUAAUUAUAAUAAUAAUAAUAAUAAAUCGACGAUUCCUAUAGAACUUUAUGCGACAAUAUGUAUCAUUUUUUUACGAAUCAAUCCAUCAUAUAAUCUGAUGGACAAAUAUUUCGUUGCACAAUUUUCCACGGGAUUAUACUAUGAUGAACAUGAAAAAAAAUGGAUUAUUCUAAUUCUCGAUGCCAUGAUUAUUAGAAACGUCUUUUACGCAGUAGGUACUUUUAUACGAUCCACGAACGUAUCUCUCUUUCUCUCUCUCACAUACACUUUCUCUCUCUCUCUCUCUCUCUCUUUUUUUCUUUUAUUUCUUUCUUUCUUUUUUUCUUCUUUUUUUUUAAAUUUAUUCUCUUAAUUACCGUUAAAAUAUUUGAGUGAAUGUAAUAGCGCCUUAGCGUGAUUCGUAAUGAUGACAGAAAGAUUUGGAAAGUACAGAUCGGAUCAAAAUCGAGAGAAAUGUGGGAGCUUAAUGUGUUCCGAUUUAUUUCCAUAGACUGCAUUCAUGAUUGUAAUGCAUCAUUUUUUCGCCUAUUUAAAUGCUUAUCCUUGAUAGCUCUCCUAAAUCCUCAAUUUGUUCGAUUUGUACCGCAUUACAUAUCGAAGGCGCAUCUUUAAAGUUCACACUGCCCGUCCAGAUUCAAAUAGAACUUAUCGGGAAGGAAAAAAAGAAUUGUCAGAAUGAAACAAUGUAAUUUCUCUCUCUCUCUCUCUCUCUCAAUCGUAAUCUCAGAUAUAAAAUACAUAGUAAUGAUUCGACGUCAGAUUUUAUGGCUCUCUUUCUCUUUCUCUUUCUCUCUCUCUCUCUCUCUCUCUCUCUCUCUCUCUCUCUCUCUUUCUCUCUUUUUCCACUUUUUUUCUUAUACGAUAUUAUAAUUGCAUUUAUAUCGAAUGAUGAUAAUUCGUUUUGUUGGUUUGUUGGUUGAGUGAAAAAAAAAGGAAAGAAAAAAAAAAAAAGAGAAACAACAAAUGAGAGAAAUUCAUUUAAAACCAAGGAAAGUUCCUUCAUGCCAAAAUGAACGUGCGAUGAUCGUUCGUUAUUGCACGAGAAUACAUAAUUAAGCCGGUGAUUACGAGAAGUAAUCUAACUGAGAAAAAAAUUUUUUUUUUUUUUUUUUUUUUUUUUUAAUUAUUUUACUGCACAAUUAGCAUGGCAAUUGACCUAAUCAUAAGAAUUUACGCGAUGAACUAAUUUUUUUUCUUGUUUUAAUUUUUCACUUCAAAACACUUUCAUAAUCACCGAUUUAAUUAAAGAGAUAAUUUCCAAAUGUUCGAGUAUAAAAAUAAAGUUCAUUUUCUCUAUGAUUUGUUAAAUACACACUUUUGUACAGUAGACAUGCGCCUGAGAGCUAAUGUACCGUGAAAGGGUAAACAACUAUCUCGUGAUCGAAGAAAUGAAAAGAAUAAAAAAAAAAAAAAAAAAGAAAAAAAGAAAAAAAGAAAAAAGAAAUAAGAAAAAAAGAAAAAAGAAAAAGAAAAAUGAGAUUAAAAAACCAAAAAAAAAAAAAAGAAGAAGAUGAAGAAGAAGAAAAAGAAGAAAAAGAAGAAGAAGAAGAAGAAGAAGAAGAAAAUCGAAUGCCAAUUAAAAUUCAGCGAGUGCGGGCUGAAUCUUUUAUUGUUAAAGUUAGCGAGUUAUAAACAAAUUUCUUAUACAUAUUAUUCAGUUUCGAGCUAUAGCUCUUGAGAGAAAUUUUACCACUUUGUUGAUAAACACUCUUGGGGAUCAUGUGUUCAAACGUCCAGUGUUCGUCAUUAUAAUUGGAGAAAAAAAAGAAAAGAAACGAAAAGAAAAGAAAAGAAAAAAAAAAAGAAGAAAAAGAAGAACGACUUCGAUUGCUUUCAUUUUCACACGAUUUACGCUUUCUCUGUUACACGAAAUCGUGUUACGAUGUUAGCAAGUAUGUAUGUCUCAUAGAGAGUUCCAAUAUUCCUUGAAUAUUUCCCCGUGCCUACGACGUUAAGUGAUCGUGCAUAAAGAUUUCGUAUAGACGGGACACACAACGACGACAGACCAUUAUACAUUUUUCAAUAUUCGUCCCGCGAGGGUAAUAAACUUUCUUACCAAAAGAAAAAAGAAAAAAAAGAAAAAGAAAAAGGAGAAAACGAUAAGACAUGCGUUACAAAAAAUACGGUUUAUUUAAUUCUAGUGUAAUUCGAUUGGAUUGUAUUCUACAUCUUAUAAUAUUUUUGUUUUUAAUCCUUUUUCUUUAUUUUUUUUUUUUUUUUUUUUAUUUUUUUUAUUUAUGCGAAUACCGUGUCAGUGCAUUAAUACACCGAUACGUUUUCCCAUUGAAACAUAGGCUGUGAAUAAUCGAAUAUGCAGAGGUGUAGCAUUAUAUGGAAUAUAUGUGUUAUAAAUCACACAAUUAAAAAAGUAGAGAAAAAAAUUCGCAUCGACGUAAGCCCCACUACGCUUCCGUACAGAGCUCGAACGGUUAAUGAAAGAUAAAUUAUUCGCUGGCUAAACCGAAUGCAAUUGUUUAUCCGAACGGAGAAAAAAGUAAAAAAAAAAAAAAAAAAAAUAAAUAAAAUAAAAUAAAAUAAAAUAAAACAAACAAAGAUACAAACAAAAUGAAAAACUAUUACACGGUCGCAAGAAUUUUGUUCUAUACGCUUUAAGAUUUUUUAAGCGGUAAGAAGAAGCGGACGUGCAUAAUUAAAUGGCAUUUCGAUCACUCGUCGAAGUACGAAAGCAAAAUUAAUUCAUUCAUAAGAUAAUUCAGUGUGUUCUGUUCGAAAAUCAUAUAUAUAUAUAUAUAUAUAUAUAUAUAUAUGCAUAUAUAUGUAUGUACAACGUUCUAAUUUUUGUACAAUAGAAUUUCGAUGCGCGCUUUAAAUCCACAUGGAAAAACACGAUUGUUCGACCCUUUCUAAUCUUUAAAUAUAUCUUAAGAUUUGCUGAUUAAUCUGCAUUCUUACUUUAUGUUUUCUCUGCACCGAUGGUGGUCCAACCAUUUCGGUACAUAGUCGAAAAUUACGGGCCUUUGGAAUAAAUCGGCGAACGUACAGGAGACAACCGCAGAAUUUUAAUCGAUACUAUAAAAUAAAAUAAAAUAAAAUAAAAAAAAAAUAAAAAAAAAAAUAAAAAAAAA